AUGAAGUUUGUUAAAUUUGCUCUCUUGGCAGUUCUGGUAUCAUGCCCCUACAAAUCAGCCCGUGGCGCUGAUACCAGUGGGUCAUCGCAACCAACGGGAACCACAACCGGCCAAACUACUCCAACAAGUAGGGCUACCACUCCUAGUACUCAAACGACGUCACCUGGUGCCACAGCUGGUACUACUCCGGGAACUCAGGCUGCUACUCCCACUAGUGGAACUGGACCUGCUGCUGAAUCUGGUGCAGCAACUGGUACCACUGUUACUCUUGACAUAAAGAAGACUAAGGGCACGGAUGAGUUCGACUACGCCGAUCUUGAUACGUCUAAAUUAUUCACUGCCAAAGAUAAUCGUGUGUUUUCUAAGAUAGUGAGCAAAAACUCUGAAGUUUGGACUUCUAAGGAUAAUGACGACGCCGUCAAAGUGUUAGUCCAGGGCAAAGGUAGUAGUAAAAAACAUCUUGCCUUGUUCCUUAAGAGUGGUAAGUUGACAAUUCUUUAUAAGGAUGGUAAGAAUAAGCCCUGGAAUGACAUCACCUCCACCAAGCACGAUGUUUCUAAAGUCAAGUUCUUUGGUGAGGGUGACAAGGAGCUCAGUGUGUCAGAUUACAAAAUUGACAUUGGAUUUAUAUUUUCUUAUAUAGUAAAAUUCAAUGAUGGAGUUAACUGUAAAAAGAUCACGUAUCAGGGUAAAGACAUUUGGAAACACACUGACGAUGAAAAUUUUAAAGAGAUAAAGGCUUUUUCAUUAGGUCUUGGAUCAAACGAAUUCUACGUGAGGAAAGAAUAUAAUAUAAGCAAGAAACUAGAACUUGGAGCUACUCCUGUUCAGACUGGGACUGGGACUUCUAACGGAUCUGGAACUACUCAAGGAUCUGGAACUACUACUCCAGGUGGUCAGACUGGAUCAAGUCCAUCCACUUAG